AUGGACCUGUUGAAUAAACCAAAUCCAGGGUCUUGUAUAACGAAUGAGAAUAGCACAAUGAUUGACUGCCAAUUCAAACCACGACUAUCACUUGAAGAGAAAAACAAGACAACAUUAUUACGAGACCAGAAUAUUGAUACCAGUCCGAAGACUUCGAGGCCGUAUUUUACAAUAGACAUACACGACUAUGAGAAUUACAGAUUUUUGUCUAUACAUAACAAAAGCAAAGAACCUGAUUUCUUUAUAAGAAAGCUUUCUGAAGAUUUUGCUUAUAAGAAAGUUUCUAUAAAAACUUUAAUUGCACUUGAACUACAUAUGAAAACAUCACCAUCAAGAUGGGUAUUCAAAUUUAUCAACAUGAGAGGUGUUUUGUUCUUGAUGAAUUCACUUAUUCGUCACAGACAAGAAUUCGCAAAGUCACCAGAGUUAGAGUACAAUCUUCUUAAUUGUCUAAAAGCUCUCAUCAGCAAUUCUGUUGGUGUGCAUGAAUUUUUGAAUCAUUCUGACUACAUAAAAGAGAUUAUUCGUAGCAUUGAUUCAGAGCAUCUACACUGUAGAAAAUUAGUUUGUGAGAUUCUCGUGUUUUUAUGCUGCUACAAGCAACCUCAAGGACAAUUAGCCGUUUUGAAUGCCAUGAAAAACCUCUCAUCCAAAAGCUCUCCGAAGAAUAAUUCGUUUUCAAUAUGGAUAAGUUCAUGGAGGCAGGUUGUGGUUUCCAAAGCACUUCCGGAGAGCGAGGAAUGUGAAUACUCACUAUACAAUAUGAUGCUAGUGAACGCGAUUUUGAAUGCUGUAACUCAGUCAGCUAUACGUAGCGAAUUCAGGAGGCAGAUGGAUACUGCAGGGUUGAGCAUCAUUUUGAAUAAGGCAUAUCGGAAUCAGGAAAUAUACAAACAAAUUGAGGAGUACUAUACGUUAGCUCAGAAAGAUCAACAACAGCAGCGACAGCAUGAAGAUGAAAAUGUGAUAUCCGAAUCUCAAUCAAAUGAACAGCAAUUGAUGGAUAGACAGUCGUAUAAGCAGAGCAAAGCAGUGAUAACGCGGUCAUUACCAGCAAAAAAGAUCAGAGGCAACAAUAAACGGGUGUUUAAAAGUUUAAUAGAUCCUCACUAUAUAUUCGAGACAUUGUUGGAAAUAGUCGAAGGAACGCAAUGCUAUGACCAUUUACUAAACCUUUUACAAAGUAUCUUGCUUUACACCAGUAUGAGCGAUAAUAAUGAUAAGAUAAAUUACUUUAGAAAUAUUGACCUAUUCGUCAAUUGGCAAAACCAAUCGCCCGCGCUCAACUCGAAUUAUGACGAUUUUACGAUAAUGAAAGUGGAUGGUGAGAUGAUUGAAGAGAAGAAUAAGAAAAUUGAAGCGUUGAAAGCAGACCUUGACAGUUACAAAAAGCUUUAUCAGCAGAUGGUAGAUGCAUCCUAUCCAGAAAAAAACGGAGUAGAGAAAGAAAAAGAAACUGUUGAUAUUAUUGAGGAGAAGAAUGAGAAAAUCCAGUCUUUAGAAGACUUAUUAGCAAUGUCUAAAAAUACUGUGUCAACACUCCAACAAAAGCUUCAAGAGAUUCAGCGAGAGUACGAGAAUAACAUUUCACGGUUGGAAGGAGAACUGGACAAGUUCUAUAACAUUGUUGAGUCAGACUAUAAUAGCCCUGUGUAUGCAAAUCAAGAAGAUACAGAACUUGUAAUCAAGAAAGAAGAUUUUGCCAAGUCCUAUGCUAGAAUGCUCGCGCGUAAUAAUUUAGAAAAGAAUUCAGCAAAAGGACUUGCUGAAAGCUCGAAGGUAGAGUCAAACGCAAUACAAGGUGUCGAAAAGCAGUCUCUAUCGAUGGCAUUACCUGAUAAUAGACGAUCAACCGCUAUGGGUAUCACAGAAGAGUUCAAAUCUCAACUUGCCCAGCAGUUUUCAGCGAGCAGUAUAUCCAAUCUUAUUUCAGAUUCGGCCAAACGUAGACGACAGCGCUCAAACACAUUUUCUAGUAGAUAUGCUCAUCAGUAUUUAAUACCUGAUGAGGAUAGCCUCGUAUUGCAACAACAAGAAGCAAAAGCUUUCAAGAUUUCCCCUGUGAAGGUUUAUCCUUCUUCUAAAUACGCUGAAUCCUUCAUCACUGAACCCUUCCAGGGUUUUGAGGAUAUCAGUCCUCAAACUACAAUGGGGAAAACUCCUGAGCGACUGUUUAACCGAUUAGAAGCUCAUAGAAAUAUAAUUCAAAAAGACAGGCGUACUCCAAGAGAGAUGAUGAUAGGAGGAAUAACGACCGCAUCUUCGUUACUCCAUAACGAACUGUCUCCGGCAUCAACGUCUACAGACAGUAUCUUUUCUGAUGAUUCAUUGGAAGACCAUAUUAUACCAACCUCUUCAUCAUGCACUAGUUCAGUUACUAGUGACACUACUUAUUGGUCGCGCCCUUCGUCACCCAUCAAUGGUUGUCAUGAAAAUUCUAUAAAUACGGCAGAGGAAUUAACAAUUAGUACUAAACCAACAGCCGUGUCAACAGCAAAAGCGCAAUCGGAUAAUGAUGUUCUGAUCAACGAUGACAACUGUAAGGACAAAGUCGCACCAUUUUUUUCACCGCCCUCAAAACCUUCCCAUACAGCAGUUGAUACCAGUGAUAUACCGCGAUCAACCAGCGAGGUACACGCUAAUCUAAUACUAUCAACAUUUGCAGCACCGCCUCCGCCUCCGCCUCCACCUCCACCUCCACCAAUGCUGGGUACUCAUUCUUUCAAUAAAGCGUCUACAGCGACUUUACUCAAUCUUAAUAGAAAGCCAAUAAGUCGGUAUCCGAAUGUGAAAACUCGUAUAGUUCAAUGGCAAAAACUGAAUAAAGACAGUAUAAAGUCAACUAUAUGGAACGAGUCACUAGAAAAUUUGCAUCAAAUAUCAAAAUACAACGGAGAUACCAACAAUAACAAUAAUGAAAUAAAUCUCGAGAAUACAUUGGAUCGAGCAGGGGUAUUUCAAAAGGUGGAAGAAACUUUUGGUCAAGUUAUGAAUACAAACAGCUCAUCAACAGAUAGCCAACCACCCCUUGAAACUGUUACGAUGAUGACAAAUUAUAAAGAUGCUUUGCAUACUUUACUGCCGGCAACGUCAGAAGCAGUUACAGCGGCUGUCAUUGAUGGAGAAGAAAGGCAAAAAUGGCGCAAGAAGGAUGAAGAAAAAAUCAUGCGUAUUUUGGAUUCUCAAAAAGCAGCCAAUAUUACCAUAUCUGUGCUUACGAAACUCAAACAAUUUGAAGUGGAGCAAAUUGUGGAUAUGAUUAUGAAUUUGGAGACAACACACUUUGAUGAGGUAAUGUUGGUAAACUUGUUGUCGAAUUUGCCAACAUAUAAUGAAAUUGAAAAGAUGCGCGCAGCGACAAACUAUGAUGGAAAAACAAGCUGUACAAGCGCCUAUUUGAAGAAGAAGAUAAGCAAGCCAGACCUAUUCUGCCUGGAGGUAUUGAAAAUACCAAGGUAUACUGAGCGUAUCAAAUCAAUGCUAUUGAAGAUCAAUUUUAAUGAAAGAUAUACACAUAUUACCAAAAGUAUGUCAAGUAUAAUGGAGGCUUCGACUGCACUCCGUCAUUCCCAUGCUUUCAAGGAAUUUCUUAACCUUGUUUUACUCAUCGGAAAUUUCCUCAACGGCAAUAAUCUUCAAGGCGGCGCAUUUGGUAUUCGUGUUGCCAGUAUCAAUAAGCUGAUUGAUACAAAAUCCUUUUCAAACGAUACAACCUUACUUCAUUUUAUUAUUGAAAUGAUUGAAACACAAUUCCCUGAGGUUUCCAGACCCCUUAUACCCGACCUCAGCUUUUGCUCAGAUGCUUGUAGAGUUACUAUGAACGAUCUCAUUUAUGACUAUAACGAACUCAAGGCUGAUUUGGAAUCUUUAGAUAAUACUUUAAAGUAUCUGAAUCUCACAAUUACAGCGGAUAAGGUCUUUUAUGAUAGCAUGGAAAAAUUUUAUGAUAAGGCAAUGACAAAAUUCGAUCAACUUGAAGUGCGAUAUACAUCUAUGGACGUGGCAUAUAAAGAUGUCUUGACGUAUUUUGGUGAAAAUCCAACCACGACGAAACCGGAUAAGUUCUUUAGCAUUUUUGCAAAGUUUACGUCAGAUUGGGAGUAUGCCAAAAAGGAUAUAAUGAUCAAAAAAGAAGAGCAGGAGCGUAUCAAUAGAGUCCACCGAUUCGAAGAAGAGCGAAAGAAAAUCAGAGCAGCAAAAGCGCAAGUCAUUGAAAAUUGA